CUGUCAGGUGAAGGAGUAUUAAAACGUUUCAGUCAAGUAACAAGGCCUAACACUGCAGGUGACAUAUUCAUUGACGGACACAGUAUCAAGAAACUUGAUCUGAAAUCGCUGCGAAGCAAUAUAGCUUCAGUCUCUCAGGAACCAUCACUAUUUUCUGGUAAUAUAAAGGACAACUUGAGGAUUGGUAAAAUGGAUGCAAGUGACGAAGAGAUAAUUGAAGCAGCAACAACAGCCAAUGUCCAUUCAUUCAUAUCCAAACUACCAAAUGAGUAUUUAACAGAGGUAGGAGAAAGGGGUGUGCAGUUAUCAGGAGGCCAGAAACAAAGGAUAGCGAUCGCAAGGGCAAUACUGAAGGAUCCACCAAUCCUACUUCUCGAUGAAGCAACAAGUGCUCUUGAUUCAGAAUCAGAAAAGCUAGUUCAAGAUGCACUUGAGAGAGCCAUGCGCGGAAGAACUGUUAUCUUGAUAGCCCACAGGAUGUCCACAAUUGUAAAUGCUGACACUAUUGUUGUCGUGGAGAAUGGAAGAGUAGCACAAACUGGGACACAUCAUGAGUUGCUCGAGAAAAGCACAUUCUACUCCAAUGUAUGCAGCAUGCAAAAUAUAGAGAAGGAAGCUGAAAAGAAAGUGGCAAGCACUUCUGAUAAUGUAGUAGAGGAACAAAUUGGUGAAGCACACAUCAGGCAGUCUUCUACAAAGCAGGGAACCAAGAACAAACUAGAAAGAGUGGAGUCGAAGCAGCGGAAGAGAGAGAUUGUAAAGGAAAUACACCCUUUCUUCAGACUUUGGUAUGGACUGCAUAAAGAGGACAUUUUGAAGAUUCUAUUUGGUUCCUCAGCAGCAGCCGUCUCUGGAAUCUCAAAGCCCUUGUUUGGUUACUUCAUCAUGACAAUUGGUGUGGCAUAUUACGAUCCAGAUGCAAAAAGAAAAGUCAGCAAGUAUUCUUUGAUAUUCUUCACAGCUGGGAUGGUCACACUGGUCAGUAACAUCUUGCAGCACUAUAUUUAUGGUAUUGUUGGAGAAAAGGCAAUGAAAAACCUAAGGGAGGCCCUCUUCUCAGCUGUUCUUCGGAAUGAGCUUGGUUGGUUUGAGAAACCGAAGAAUGGAGUAGGAUUUCUGACCUCGCGCAUUGUCAGUGACACCUCAACAGUCAAGACCAUCAUAUCAGACAGAAUGGCAGUCAUUGUACAAUGCAUCUCUUCAAUUCUGAUAGCAACAAUAGUAAGCAUGUACGUCAAUUGGCGCAUGGGUUUAGUUUCAUGGGCAGUCAUGCCAUGCCAUUUCAUUGGUGGCCUUAUUCAAGCCAAGUCAGCUAAAGGAUUCUAUGGUGACUCUGCUAUCGCUCACCGGGAACUUGUCUCCCUUGCUUCAGAAGCGGCUAGCAACAUCCGAACUGUGGCAUCCUUUGUUUAUGAAGAUGAAAUAAUUAAGAAAGCAGAAUUGUCACUGCAAGAACCUUUGAAAAAAACCAAGAUUGAAAGCAUGAAGUAUGGGGUGAUCCAAGGGAUCUCGCUUUGCCUCUGGAAUAUUGCACAUGCAGUGGCGCUUUGGUACACCACAGUUCUGGUCCGGAGGAAGCAAGCCUCAUUUGAGAACAGCAUAAGAUCAUACCAGAUAUUCUCACUCACAGUACCUUCCAUCACAGAAUUAUGGACCCUCAUUCCCAUGGUCAUGUCGGCAAUUGCAAUACUGAAUCCUGCAUUUGACACGCUUGACAGAGAGACAGAAAUUGUACCAGAUAAACCAGAGAAUCCUAGCAAAGGCUGGCUUGUCGGGAGAACUGAGUUUCAGGAUGUGCACUUCAACUAUCCAUCAAGGCCAGAGGCGACCAUUCUGGAUGGCUUCAAUCUAAUUAUUGAACCUGGUCAAAAAGUAGCAUUGGUUGGCCCAAGUGGUGCAGGAAAAUCCUCUGUACUGGCUCUAAUACUGAGAUUCUAUGAUCCUUACAGAGGCAGAGUGUUAAUCGACAACAAGAACAUAAGGGACUACAAUCUCCGAUGGCUCAGGAAGCAGAUUGGGCUAGUUCAACAAGAACCAAUCCUGUUCAACAUAUCUAUCAGAGAUAACAUUAGCUAUGGAAGUGAAAGCACUUCAGAGACCGAAAUCAUCCAAGCUGCAAUGGAGGCAAACAUUCAUGAGUUCAUCAGUGGUUUGCCAGAAGGGUAUGACACCAUUGUUGGAGAGAAAGGAAGCCAGCUUUCAGGAGGGCAGAAACAACGGAUUGCUAUUGCAAGAACUCUAUUGAAGAGGCCUCCUAUUCUGCUUCUUGAUGAGGCAACUAGCGCUCUCGAUGGUGAAUCUGAGAGGGUCGUAAUGAGCUCUUUAGGGGCUAAGGAGUGGACGAACAAAGAUGCUCGAGCCAGUAAGGUUACAAGUAUAACAGUUGCACAUAGAUUGUCGACAGUCAUAAAUGCGGAGAUGAUAGUUGUAAUGGAGAAAGGAAAGGUGGUUGAACUUGGUGAUCACGAAACAUUGAUAUCGGCAGAUGAUGGCAUUUACUCAAGGUUAUUCCACUUGCAAAGCAACAUGAAGGAUUAACCGCAAGCUGGUCAAGUUCCAUUGUGGACAAAGACCAUAGACACCUAGCAAGAAUAGUUUUAGGAGCUUAAGCAUUGUUUUAAUGCAUUUUCUGUCAGUUCACAAAUUGUAAUAACAUAGCUAUGUCAUCAUAAAUUGAUGAGGCAUAAUCCACAUAAAAAAGAAAACAACUACUGUACUAGAAUGAUUUCCCACUGUUUCCGCGGUCAUGUCAAAGCUUAUUAUUUGAAUGCAAUACAAGACUAGCCAAAAGAUGGAAUCUAGUCAACAUUACCUUUUUUGAAAGCUCUAGUCAACAUUACUUAAAAGAGCACAGGGAAUAAGGACUAUGCUGGCUCCCCUGGGUGCGGUCCAUCGACUAAUUGUGUCAUUUUUGAGGGGUUGAGGACAACUUAAACUAAGCUCUCCCUCCAAGAAACAGCUGAAGGCCUUGGGAAAAUUUAAUUUUGUAAAUAACUUUUCAGGCAGAAAAGUAUGACAUAGGAAGAAAUAAAUCUGCCUUAACAAGAAAACUGAGCUAACUUAAAUAUUGCAUACCAAAAAUUUGGGCUGCGGGUUUGUGUGUUGUGUGAGUAGUGCUGUACAGUUCGGUACUCUUUCUUCUUAAUGAAUACCUCUCCUACGCGUUCGAGAAAAAAAAUAUACAACUACCCAAAUUCGGUACAAUGGACUGCGAAUAACAAAGCUGUAAGUAAAUUUUAUAAUUAUGAAUCCAUAAAGAUACAGGGUGCUUACAGGUAAACGUAUUAGGAUGACUUUUGGCUAGAGCGCCCAAAACUGCUAUAUAUUUGACACGGGUUUCUGAAAGUUACAGGCACUAACACGCAUGCACAUGGCUUUAGAGGACAUAAUAAGACUUUAGACUUGCAACAGAAACUACCUUGCUUAUAACUGGACACCUUUGCUGAAACAUGUUUAGUGAAGCAUUGUGUAUAUAUACGAGGAAGAUAUAUGGUGUCUUUAUUUGUUAUUUGUAAGGACUAGGGAAUAUGUAGAGUAAGAUCCGAUUCCAAUAGCAAAAGUGACAUGGUUAUUCUGGAUUAGACUUGUAGCUGGCAUAAAGUUCUGUAAUCUGUAGAUGAAAACAAAGUUGCCUCAAGCCCUGCAAUUUGAUUAUAAUAACAAAAGAUUCAUGCUUAGUAUUUCCCAAUGAUGUGACUUUUACUGCGUAACUAAAGUUGCAGACAUCACCCGGAAAGUUUACUUGUAAGUCUGAAUACGCAGAUUUGACAUGUUGCAUCAUGUCAGCAAAGGAGUUGUGAGCAAAAAAAGGUAGCCGCUAAGAUUGAGCAAUAUAAAAAAUAUUUUUUUCCAGGCUGGAGCUGGAGUAAUUAAUUGUGAAUCUUGAUAGUACCAACGGAGUGUCCUGCAAUUUUGUAGCUAUAUGGUUGUCAGCGCGCAUAUAAAAAACACACUAGUGCUAUAAAGCUCAGUGUGCCUGCAAAUCUUUUGCAAAACUACA